AUGACGGAAUUGGCCCAGACUCGAAGCGCCACUUUCCGCACACGCGGGUUUGCUCUACAACUUGCUCACCCUGUGGAUGCUGCCAUGCUCUUCGGCGUGAUGGUGAUCGCUGCUUCAGCCAUAUACAUCGUUUCGAGCAGACAUGGGGACGCCAUCGUCUCCAGCGGGUCCUUGUUACAUCGAGACGACCGCGCGUUUAUCAAAAUGGACCGAAUGAGUGUCUUCUGCCUGCCUUCCCCGGCGUUGCAUAUUACGUAUGGGAUUUCUACAAAAAUCCUGGCUACACUUACGCAUACCUCUUUCAGUUCUGUCUAUGAGGUUCAGUCUGUCAUCUCUGCUCCAGUCCUUGUCCAGUUUGUAGUGUGCAUGACAGUAAUGUGUAUGGCUCUCUACGCUACAGCUGCGAAUUCUGGAGGAGAUAAUGCAGCCACUACGAAAUAUGGUGUAUAUCUUUAUACGAUAAUGAUUCAACUAUUUCUUUACUGUUGGUAUGGAGACAGAGUAACCCAACGACACGAGGAAGUGGCGCAGUCCGCGUACGGGUGCGGGUGGGCGAGCGGGUCGCAGCACUUCAAGAAGGGCGUGCUGCUCGUGCUGCUGCGCGCGCAGAAGACCCUGUCCUUCCGCGGCGGCGUCUUCUACGACCUCUCGCGCAACACUUUCUUAUACGUGCGUAUCUGCAAGCCAUUGGCGAAUCCAGCGCUCAGAACUCAACGAGGAGAAAAAUUGUCAAUGCAUCUUACUCAUUCUUCAACCUCCUUAGAACCGCCCAAGAUUAAGAAGAUGGACAGUCAUUUCUAAAUUUGUAGCAAAUUAAAACUCACGAGUUAAUAAUUUAUAAUAAUAAUUAUUUAUUAAAUUCAUAAUUAUUAUAAAAAAUAAUUAUUAUGAAUUAAUAAUAAUUAUUAGAAUUAGUAUUAUAAUACAAUUUCAUGA